AUGCCCCCCAAGAAGGUCGCCCGUGCUCCCCAGGAGAACAUCUCCCUGGGACCCUCCGUCCGCGAUGGCGAGCUCGUCUUCGGUGUCGCCCGUAUCUUCGCCUCCUUCAACGAUACCUUCGUCCACGUCACCGAUCUGAGUGGCCGUGAGACCAUCUGCCGUGUUACUGGUGGUAUGAAGGUCAAGGCCGAUCGCGACGAGUCCUCCCCCUACGCUGCCAUGUUGGCUGCUCAGGACGUCGCUGCCCGCUGCAAGGAGCUUGGCAUCAACGCUCUUCACAUCAAGAUCCGUGCCACUGGUGGUAACGGUACCAAGACCCCCGGCCCCGGUGCCCAGUCCGCUCUCCGCGCUCUGGCUCGUGCUGGCAUGAAGAUCGGUCGCAUUGAGGACGUCACUCCCACUCCUUCCGACUCUACCCGCAGAAAGGGUGGUCGCCGUGGUCGCCGUCUCUGA